AUGGCCGACGCAUACGAAAGUCAAGAAGAUCUUGCUGCACUUGAUUCACACUCCCCAACACCAAGACCCAAAAGGCGUUACCGCCGGUGGAGUGACGAGGAUAAGAAGCUCCUAUUAUCUCAAAGAGAUAGAGACUCGACUAUUACUUGGAAAGAAUUUUCAGGGAAAUACUACCCUGGUUGGAAGGGAUCCGAUAUCCAGAAGAAAUAUUCGGAAUUCAGAUUGAAGCUCGGGAUGAACGCCAGCGAGAAUAUGCAAAAGGCAACUCGUCCUGAAACGCCCAAGUCAGCCUCGUUUAGAUUAAAUCAAAGCGACUGUACCAGCUCGGGAGAGGAUAUUCCUUAUUCGGAACGAGCUCGUCCCCAGACUCAUACAAGGCACCAGGCAAAAAGAGCUCGAAUCACUGAUCGCCAAGUAUCACGCGACCCUAGAAGGAGACCUGCCAAACCGUCCGACCAGCAGAUCAAGGCUCCUCAAGUCGAAAAUGGCCCUGCAAAUACUCGUAUGGAGGGCGAAACCCCUCUGCUCUCUACCGGUCCACAUGCUACUGAUGUCUCAAUGACGAAUACGUUGCAAGGAAACCAGGAGAAUUGCCAUACGUGCACAGUACAAGAAUCCAGUUCUCCAAAAGUUUCACAUAAUAUCCAACACCAUUUUGAAGGCAUGGAGAUAUAUUUGUCGCCUGAAACCCAACAAAACAUGAAUCAAGUAAUGACACAAGCUUUAGUCGAGCAACGCGAUAGGCUUUUCAAAGAAAUGUCUCAAAUGAAGCAAAAGUUGACUUCAACAGGUGACCAACUGCGCGUUUAUAAAGAAGAGAAAUGCGACCUGGAGACGGAGAACCUCCGUCUCAAAACCGAAGUUGAGAGCUUGCAGUCAGAAAAGGGGGAGCUGAAGAGGAAAUGUGACGACCUGGAACAGUUUAAAACGAACAUUAUGACAGCUGUCGGUCAGCGAGCAUCACAUCCGUCGCUGCCACCUCAGUCUAAAAUCGCCAAAAUGACUGCUACAAACCCCAAAGGCUUUUUCGAAUCUACAACAAACGCAAUUAUCAUUCCAGAUGCAGAUACCGAUAUUCACAAGGUCAUUUCUCGCUGGUCGGAUGAGCGUCUCAAAAAACCAGCAAUAAUAGUGAUUCCCUCUAGCCAAGAUGAUAUCAUUUCAGCAAUCCAUUAUGCUCGUGAGAACGGCCUCACCCUUCUCGCUGGUUCAGGAGGUCAUAAAGUUGUCCCCAUCGAUGAAAAGACCUUGUACCUUGACAUGCGCAACUUUAAAGGAAUCAAAGUGGAUAAAGAUAACGAGACCGCGGAGAUCGGUGGCGCUGUCACUAAUUCUGAACUAAUGAUGGCACUGUUACAAGAUGGUUAUUAUACUACAUAUGCGAACUCGGGGGCAGUCUCAAUGGCCGGUUUAGUUCUUGGGGGUGGGUUCUGUGGCGCACUGUCCUCAAUCCACGGCCUAGCGAUAGACAAUGUUGUUGUAUUCGAAGGCGUGACUGCCUCGGGCGAGAUUGUUAGGGUCGACAAACUUGCAUCUGAUCCUGACAAGAAAGAGCUCUUCGAAGUCCUUUGUGGCGCAGGAUACGGAUUACUCGUCAUAACAUCUCUUUCAAUGAAGAUCCAUAAGCUAUCUUCUCUCAACCUCGGAGGCGGGGACAAGCUCUGGGUCCGGAAAUACACAUUUCCUGCAGUUCAUAUUGAAAAAGUUGUGGAUUUCUUUGAAACACUGCUUCCCGUAAAGCCGAAGUUGAUGCCAAUCUUGCUUUGUGGUCGCGCACCGCCAACUGCGCCUGUUCCUGGAGCGCCAAUGGUUAUAUUGACCAUCACAUAUUACGGUCCCGAAAGCGAAGGCCGUGAUUUCAUUGACCCUCUUGUCGCAUCAUCGGGAAUUGAAAAGCUAUCUGUUGCUUCAGAAACAACUUUGGCACCAUUCCAUACCAUAUUCGACAUAUCAAAGAUGCUAGAUGCUCACGGGGGUUUCAAGGCGCAGCAUAUCGUUAGAGCAAACUCUUUUUCUGCGUCUUCAAUCAUGUUAGCCUUUGAGCGCUGGAAACGGCUUGGAGAUGACGUCGCCGAUGCUCGGCCGCUUUCUUUGCUUUUGGUCUGGGCAUACAAUCCAGCUGCUACAGUUGGAAACAGUUCGCGCAGCGACAAACGCCCAUUCAUUGGCAGGGAUAGGCCCAUGUUCGGAAAUGUAAUCACGUGGUAUAAUAAGCAUGAGUCGGAAGCGUCUGUGGAAAAAUACGCUGCCGAGGUCACCGAGAUACUUCGUCAGGAUGAUGCGAAGAACGGAUUUUCAGGGGCUACUUUACCGAACAACUUCAGGAACAACUCGCAACUACAACUAGGGUACACGGAUGAAAUGUUGACGCAGAUUAAUAGAGUCCAUGCAAAGUGGAAUCCGGACUCUCUUUUCUACAAUGUUUUGCAGGACCCUGGCGUUUGA